AUGUAUUCUUUGAAUGACAUGCCGAUUGGCUGUGUAAAGAUUGAAAUUCCAGAAAAUGGACAUUGCAAUCAAAUAAUUUCUACGUGUGAGAUGCCAGUGGUUAAGGUGGAAAUAUCAGAGGCACAGAGCAAUACAAUCAGUCACCAAACCAUUUCAAUGUCAAGGGAAUCAAUCCAAGAAAUACCCUUACUUAGAGACGUAAAUACUCAAGAAGAUAUACUCAACAUACAAAUUAGCAACGUGCAAGGAGCAAUGUGCGAUCAAAUUGUGGAGAACAAUGUUAUGCCCGUCUAUCAGAUCGAAAAUCCAGUGGAUGGACUGACCAGCCAAGGAGAGCAAUCUCCAACGUUUGAUUUCGUCAACCAGGAUAAAGUCUCAGCUGUAGGACAUUUCCAUGAGGAAAAACCUCCCGAUCAUUUGAUUUCACACGAAAACGGGUUUACUGCUGAGGUUGAUAUUCCGUCUCAAGUUAACAAUUCGCCAGUUUAUGAUAGGGAGACAUUAAAUAAGAUCGAAAAGGAAGAAAAGGAGAUCCCAAUCCAGCAGCAUAAUCCCAGCGAGAGAGCUCACUGCUAUCAACAGAACCACCACACGAGUAGCAAUUCAGCACACCAACUUGAUAGCCAAGGGUCUUUCUAUAAAAAUGGAACCUCUGAGAAGAGUACAUCUAACCAAAUGGAUACCAACGGCUCGCCCUCAUCAGCUUCUCUGAAAUCCACUGUGCCUCUUUACCACUUUGAAGAAGUAACGACUCCCCAAACAGGAGACUGGGCAAAGGAUAAGAAUAAUGAGAUCAAGUACUACAAUGGUAUGCCAAUGUACCCUCGUGGAUACAGCUUUCAAGAAUUUCAACAAAGAAUUCCAGUGUGGCCAACAGAAUCCCGUGAUUUGGUUCCAAACAACCAGAAGGCAAGGAAUUGUAAUUGUUGCUGCCAUGGGCAAAAUAUCCCAUCUCGUCAAUAUCCAGCAGCAGAUUUGAAGAACCCUCGACCCUCAGUUAUCAUGGUCCCUGUUGGCUGGAGCAGCAAUGAUCCUGGGAUGUCUCAUCUACCACUGGAGGUAACAAAAUGUGGAAUUAGCUUCAGACAGAGGGACGUUUCUACUCAGUAUUAUGACAGCGAAGUGACAUCCCACUGAAAACUGAUCCAAAAGUGUCUGAAAUUGAGGUGUAACUUCUUAGCCAACAUAGUCACUGGAUGCAAAAAUUGAAUUGAAUGAGGACAAUCCUUUCUGCCCAUUCACAAAUUCUUUCAGUAAACUUUCUUGAUGAGUGCUGCAUCUUUGGAAAACACUUAUCCAUUAAGAAUUGUCUAAGAAUAGAAAUGUCUUAAAUUGAAGUGGGACUUUUUGGCCCAUAAAGUCAUACUGUCAGAUUUUUGUAAAACACUUAUUGAUAUGUCAGUAUCUUAGAUGAUGUUUCCUUUGUUAUCAAACGUGGAUAAAAUUUCUUGAUGUUCAUAAUCCACAGAUAAUCUUUAAGCUUGGGAGUUCAAUCAUGUAAAUGACCACAAUCUUUCCUCUUGCCUAAAAACAGGUUGAUACAUCGACUCACAAGCUGAAUUCACAGAAUCAGGGAGGAAACUGGUCCAACAGAGAUGGCUUGAAUAAUAGUAUGGUAUGUGAUUGUUUCUGAAAUGUAACGAUGUAGGCUUAUUUUCACAUAGUAAUGUCUGUCAUGUAAUGUAUCUAUUUCACCAAGUAAUUUUAAUGAUUUCCAAAAGUGUAGAAGAGCUAAACGAGGUUUGCAUGUGUGAACUCCUUAUUUCGUCGAUUUCCAGUCCUUAAAGCCCUCAAAGGAAAACAAAGCCCACAUAUGUAAAAAUGGGGUAUGUGUUCCUUUGUCUGAAUGUAUUUGUCAGACCUGUUAACCCUUUGACUCCCAAGAUCUCAUUAGUAAUUCUCCUAACUGUCUGCCAUACAAUUCUUAUGAUGUCAAUUUGGAGAAUUUGGUAUUGGAUCAAUUAAUAAUCCCCUAAUUGAUAUUUUACUUUAUUCUCAUCACAUCUAUGCUUGAUAUUGUAUUGAUAUUGUAAGGAGAAAUUCACUUUUCGUCACUCAUGGGAGGUAAAUGGUUAAAGGAGCUUUUUGGUUGUUCCCAGGAUUACUCGGACGAUUCAGAUUCUUCUGAUGAUGAUGAAAACGGAAAAAGAGACAAGUAUUUCCGAAAGGAGAUCGAUGGUACUACAGCAAGAUUUAAGUUGUCCAAAGAGGACUGGGCAAGAAUUCCGAUCAACACAUUCCCCAGCGGUGGCCGAUUGUUGAGUGGCGACUGGACACGAAUCUUCCUCAGCAAAGUCAAAGAAAGCAACCCAUGGUGCAGUUUACGCUUCAAAAAUAAUCACGUGAGAUCAGAAAACUCUCGGAAAAUCCACUCAGCAGUAUUCUUCAGGGGAGGCGCGGAAUGCAAGCGACCAGAAUGCAACGUGAAGGUGCGAUUUGUGAUCAGGAAAGAAAGAGGAAAGCAUGUGGAGGUGACCUACCUGGGAAAUAUUUGCCACAGCAGUCAGCCCGGGGUAAGUGACGUCACAAGUGAUAAACGAGGAAUGAAACGUGAUCGUCGAACUUACUCGUCUUGA